CUACGAAAAACGCGAUACCUAUGAUCCCACUUAAAAUAGCAAUUACAAGUUUCAGUGUACUUUUAUUAUCCUCGUCUUUAUUUAAAUUAGAUGAACCGGUUUUGCUGGUUGGGCAAGUUGGAAUAGUAUUAUUGGGUGAUAUGAUUUGA